AUCAAACUUCGGAACUCUCCGGAAGCAUUCGGCAGUUCCGACGUACAGCUGGUGUCCAGUCUUCCCCAGAAUGCUUUGAGAAAGGAAAUACCCAAAAUGUCGGACGGAUCGUUAGAAAGUGUUUUGAAACGAAAGCUGGACGAAGGUGAAACUCAAACGGCAAACGACACAGAUCUAAGCUCACCGCCAGCUAAAGUGCGAGUGACAGAUAAUAAAGCUAGAGAGACAGUUCAAACCAAACCAAAUACUGUUGAUGUUUCGCAAAAUAGUGUUGGACCUUCAAACACUGCUUCAAGUCAGGCAAUUGCAGAGGGCAGCGAUGAUGAACGAGAAAAAAUGCAGUAAGUACCAAUGCUUAGCUUAAUUUGAAGGUGGAAAUAUAGUUUGGUUUGUAAAUGUACCCGUGAUCUUGAGGAAUACCGCUUCUGUGGCCGAUGCGACUUGAAAUUUUUAACAUUAUCGACAAGAAAUAUUUACCUUUUUCAACAAGGAGAUUUCGAUUAUUCCUUAUUUGUCAGGUUGCUUGUGUCCUCCUUCUCAGAAGAACAACUGAACCGCUAUGAAAUGUACAGAAGGGCAGCAUUUCCCAAGGCAGCAAUUAAACGGGUGAGUUUAAGACACCUUUCUUCGUUUUACACAUCUACCAUUGUGCAGGGCACAGAUAUUGAAAAAUAUCACUCUGUAUGUUACAGUAACUGUAGCUUCUGUUCCCAACCAUGGCAUUCACUUGGUAAUUUGGUAUUAUAAACUGAGUUGACGAUGUAAAUUGGCCACCAUAAAGAGUUUCCAAGGUGACGUUUUGAGCGUUUGCACCCCGUUGUUGCUCUGAUUAAGGGUUAAUGCUCAAAACGUCAGCUUUGAAACUCUUUAUAGUAGCCAAUUUACAUUAUCAACCCAGUUGGUUUGUUAGCUCAGUUGGUAGAAUGCUACACUGGCAUCGCAGAGGUCAUGGGUUCAAAUCCCUUACAGGCCUGAAUUUUUUUUUCAGGCCUUAUUUUCACUUAUGCACAAGCAGUGUUCAUUACUGCGAAGAUUGCCUUCAUAUUCACAUCUUUAUCUGCAGUUCAAAUAUCUGACUUUCAUAUAUAUACAGUCAUUUAUUAUCAACUCAGUUAAUUAUACCAAAUUACCUUGUUAUACUCUCCCACUGAUCCAGCACCACAGUUUCUUUAGAAGCAUACCCCUGUUUUCUCAUGGCAUUCACUGCUUGAAUUAAUUGUGUGGGAGAAAAUAAUGAUGUGUUUUGCUAUUCCCCUUUCCCCCCUAAAAAGAUGUUUUAUUUUUACAUCUGAUUGGUUGACAAAGUGGCACAAGUUGGGUAAACCAACUGCAGAGUGGCACAAAACCAAUGCAAUCAGAUUUCUUUUGAAACAAUAAAAAAACACCCAUAUGGCUAGUUUUACUGUCUUAUCUAUCUUAUUUAAGUAAUAUCCUGAUUGAAUUUCUGUUUUCACCUGCAGCUCAUGCAAAGUGUCACAGGAGGAACUUCAAUCCCUCCAAAUGUUGUCAUAGCUAUGGCUGGAAUAGCCAAAGUAUUUGUUGGAGAAGUUGUAGAGGAAGGUACAUGUAAUUUUAAGUUCAUGAUCAAAAUUCUAAUCUUCUCUUUGCUUUUAAAUUUUAAUAUCUAUUCUCUUCAGUAGGUUGGCCCAAGGUUAAAAUACUUUUAAAAUUCUGUGCUUCUUCCAAAUAUUCACAUUUUAUGGAUGGAAUUUCAUGGGUAAUACCAAACAGAGGGACAGGGCUUUUGUAUAGUACAAAGUUGAAAUUGAGUUUCUGAAAGGGGAUCUGUGAACGUAAAGUGUAAUUUUAUAUCAAGGCAAAAGGGCAAAAUAUUCCAUUUGCUGUUUCUUUUCACCACAUGAAUAUACUUCCAUUGAUGCAGAAGAAGGAGCAGUAGUAUUAAACCCACUUCACAGGAGACACAUGGAAAUUCUUAGCUUUGACCCAGAUUUGAAACAUUUUAGUUGCACCCCUUUAUCACUAAGCUAUUUUUCUGUGAUGUCAAACUUUAAAUAAAUAAACCCCAUUCAGAUGGCUGGUCUGUUGGCUGAUAAUGUCAGCAGCUGAGAUAUUGGCUGAAAACAUUAAUAUUUGGCUAAGGAGCAAAGCUUCAAGGGAAAAUGUGAAAUUUUGAGGAUAAUCUCUCAGCCAAGGACAUUAUGGCAUGCCUGAAAAUGGUUUAUUUAUUUUAUAAGCCUCCCAUGAAUUUUCAUAUUGUGGGUUGACAGCAAAUGUUGUUGACUUUUUUGUUCUUUGCAGAGCAGCAUUUGAGAUAAGUUUUUAAUGUCACUACCAAUGGACACAAUGAAAAUAUUUUGUUUUCCUUCCAUGUAAAGCAACAAAGAUGAAAACAGUGAAACUCUCAAACUGGCUAUUUCCCACUGGCUUGGUUUCUUUACAGGAGAGAUAAUUGGGGGACAAAAAUCUCUGUAGAAGGGGGUUAUUGCAUGAUAAUUGUCCAUUGAUUUUGCACCAGGUGGCAUUAAGUAGCCAAUAGAAUUAUGUGAAAGUUGAUAGGUGGGUUAUAACCUGGAGUAUUUUGUUUGUGGGAUAUUUGUCAGAGUUUAUGGUUGGGUAUGUCUUUUAGCUGAAGUCCAAAGUCCCAAAUUUUCAAGUGAAUGUACUGGUAUAUAGCAUAUGCUGUUGCUGUAAUCUUGACAGUUUCUUGGCCUUUCUCUAAAAGAAAUCCAAGAUUCUUUGAACUAAGUUUCUUUUUCCAUGAAGUUAGUCAUUGAGUGGUUAUUAUUCUUGAUAUACAGCUUGUGAUAUAAUGGAAAAGUGCAAAGAAUCUGGGCCCAUUCAACCAAAACAUCUAAGAGAAUCUGUCAGGAAGUUGAAAAGGAAAGGUCUAGUCCCAAAUACAAGAUAUCAGAAGAGACUUUUUCACAGG